AUGUCUAAUAGAGGAUCCAACUCCCAUUACUACACCAGCGGUGCUACAGGAAGCUCCCUGGGAAGUAUUCCCGAGGGUGAAGCUGUAAGGGAUCAGCAGACCAAUCGGUCUGGUGAUGGGACAAGCGUUGAAGAAAUUACGGCUUUCCUGGAGCAAUUCAAGAUGAACAGUUCGAACGCCCCAUUCUCAGCUGAACAUCGACGGGGUGAUUCUGGCUCUGGCUAUGAUGGAUCUUCUGUACCCCACUCUAGUACCGGUCCUAGAAGUGUAUAUGAUAUGCAAGUAGGAGACAGGGAUUAUAGUGGAUGGACUAGUGGUGGUGGUCAUCAAGCUGGUACAGCAGAUCCGGGAGAUGAAGGGGAUCUACAAACUCAUGCGGGUGAUCAUAGAUUGAGCGACUAUGCCAGAUUAAGAUUACAACAAAACCAGAGAGAUGAAAUAACUGCCGCUGCGUCUACGGCUGCUGCUAAUUCCCGAAGCAAGCGAAGAAAAGGAUGUUGA